AUGGCCAGCAGCUGCAAGGUGGUGGAUCUGAAGGCAGCAAUACACAAACUAGAAGAUGGGCUGACAGUGCUGCUCUCCAACGAAACCAAGAAGAUCUCUCAUAUCUCGCACAACUUGUGCAGCAUCCUCAACUUAGAUGCGGAUGGGAUGAGCGAGGAUGAAAGAAACGCGAUCCUCGGCUCAGAGGCAGACCUGCUCUUCCUCAAGGACCUGUGCGAAUCUGUCGGACGAGGCUUGACGGAAGCCAAGGGCGUGCGAUCUACCUUGUAUGGAAGAGAUGGCAUGCCGAUCUUCAUGAGGCUGAAGGCCUUCCCUGUGCUCGACUCCAAGCUGCAGAUGACUCACGUGCAGUUGGACUUUGAGAAAGUGCACGAGGUCAAGCUCUCCACUGUCGUCGGUCAGAUCAAGGCAGACAGCAAGGCAAAGUUUGUCGCCAUGGCACGGGAACCUUUUCAGAUCCUCUACGCAAACAGCUCGUGGUGCUCCAUCUAUGGCGUGAGCCAUCGUGAGGUCAUCGGCUGUGACUUGCAACUGAUCCAAGGCCCGACCGGAGACAAACAGGCUCUGAAGAAUCUGCUGGACAUCGCGCUCUCUGGGAGCGACGAGAAUUGUACGAUCUCUUUCCUGCAUCGGGACGGAAGUUCGCUCUCCACGUCCCUGGAGAUCGUUCCAGUCCGAUCAGACGAUGGCAAGAUGAUGCUAUUCAUGGGCACCGUGCUCAACGUCUCCGUGGAUCAGAAGAAUGCGGAGUAUCCCAUCACCCCGACCGGACACAUCACGCACAUCAACGGGUACACCCAGCUUGUGCUGUACCCCAAGGCAGACCCAACCUUGGAGCACUGUAUCGACUACCUCGGUCAUCUCCGAGAUGCAGCGAUUGUCAAGAGCUGGAAGUGGGACGGAGACGCCCUGCGCGUGAAUGUUGACACAGGCCGAGUGCUCAAGUACACGCAGAACUCCGCGUGGUGUCGCAUCUGGACGGCAGAUCUGAGGACUUGGCAUGCGUGGUGGAACAGGAUGCUCUGGGUGGUUAGCGAAGCUUCACGGAAGCAGAAGGAGGAGCACUUCCAGGUAGCCGCAGAACAGGUGGGAGGAGGGAAGCCGCAGAAUGGCCAGUCAGGAGAGAAGGAAGGGAAUAAGGCGAGGGAGGCAACAGGCCGAAGUGAGUCGAAGCAGCUGAAGAGCAAACACGAGAGCUACCGUCACUGGCAGGAGAGUGCGGCGUUCCCUGUGCUGUCUCAGCUGGACAAGGAGCUCGAGCUCUGCGGCAUCGAGGGCUCGCUGUGCCUGCUGCAUAAGAAUGGGAACAUCCUGUUUGCAAACCAGUCGUUUCUGCGUCUGCUGAACCAGCGAAAGGCUCAGAUAGUGGGGAAAUCCUUCUUCGACCUGGUGAGCCCCAACGUGGAUGCAGCUGAAUUCAAGCGAUUUCAAAGUCUGCUGCACAAGGGCAAGGCCACGCAGCGAGCGGUUUCUUGCCUGGAGUUCAAGACUGGAAAGAAGUCGACGUUCUGGGCCAGCAUCGUCGCUGGGUUCUAUCCGCUAGAGUGCCGGGAAACCGUUCUGGAAUGCUUCUGUGUGAGUGCCGAAGACAGCAGCGAAAUUGUCUCAGCGACGAGAAACAUCCUGGAGCCCAUCACAGAGGAGAACGACUCGUACACGUACUUCAUGGCCCAGGAGCUCUCGAUCCUGCAGGACGAGGCCAUCGAAGGCCUCGGGAAGAUUCUUGACAGAUUCAAGAACCGAGAGGUUGGGAAGCGAGCCAAGAGGGUUCGGUUCGAUGACGUGCAGAUCCAGCGCAUCUCUCUGCUGGUCCCUGCCGGCAUCGAUCGAGUGUCAUGCAUUGAGUCGUUGUGGUCGCUCAAGGAAGGAGGCUGGAUCCUCUCGUGGAUGUGGGACACUGACAGCAUUGACUUCUACAUUGACGUGGCUGCCGUCUCGAAGCACCCCUCCCUCGUCAAGGCCGGCUCAGCCAUGUGCGUGGACGUCAUCGGGAGCAGCAGCUCCAAUAAAACCAUGGCCGGCAGCUUCCGGCAGCUGCUCGGACUCACCCGCGACAAGGAUGGGCUGGACGGCAUGUCCUCUCGCUUCGCGACGCUGAUCAAGGAUGAGCCAGGGACAGAUUUCGGGUUCCUGGACCUGGUGAGCAACAGCAGUAGCGAUGCCCAGAGCGACGACGUGAGGAAGGAGGUGGCUGAAGUCGAAGACGUGCAGGCUCUGCGUGACCGCAUCUACGAGCUGCAAGACCUGCUGCUGGAGAAGGACAAGGCCGUGAAAGCUGCAGAGCAGAAAUCUCUCCGAGCAGAGAUCGACGCAGACAAUUUCCAGCGCCUUUUGGUGCAGCAAGCGAGUGCGCUAGCGGCGUCACAAGCUGCGUAUGCAGCAUUGCGAUCGCAACAUCAGAUAGAGGUGAAGCGACUGCAGCAGGAGAACCUGAGGAAAUCGACAGAGCUCGACUCGCUGAGACGAGACGUGGACGUGGAGAGAGCGGUGAACGCUGCUGCGUUGAAAUGCUUGGAAAACACGCUCAACGACAAGUUUGAAGUGAUCGACUUCUUGCAGAAUACCGUGAAUGACCUCAUGGGGGAAAAGAAGGAGCUGAACCAACUCCUGGACAUGGUCACCUCCAACGUUGACAUCGAGGAAGAAGUCGACGACGAUGACGGCUUCGGGCACUCAGAAUGGGAUGAGAGCGAGAAGACAAAGAGCAGGGAGUCCUCGCUGCCCCUGCAGCCUCUGGUCCAGGACGAGAUCCCGAUCUUCACAGAGGAGGUAAUCGCCGACUUCGACCGGGCCAUCAUGGAGGAAGACACGAUCACCUCCGGGUUCUGCCUAUGCAACGAGGACGGGGCCAUCGUGUGGUGCAACGACGUGUUCCUGGACAUCUCAGGCUACGAGAAGGAGGAAGUGAUAGGCUGCCCUUGGAUCAGCUUCCUCUGCGGCCCUGAAAGUGACGAGGAUGACGUGGCUGAGAUCUCCCAGUGCAUCCGCGAGCAGGCCUCCAGCUCCGCUUGCAUCCGCGGGUACCGAGAGGAUCGCAGCUUGUUCUGGAUGCAGGUGCGGCUUGAGCCUGUCCAGAUCUACCACAAGACGCACGAGCUGCGAGGAAGCAUCCUGUGCGUGGACGACGUGUCGGACAUGAUGAUGAAGGUGCUGUCGUCGAACAGCGAAGACAACAUCCGAGACCCCGAGAUCCUCGAGGUGGCGGAGGAGCUCAGUCAGUCGCAGGAGAGAUCCAUCAUUGCUGGGCUGGAUGCCAUCGAGUACAUGAGGCUGCUAGCUGAGAUGACGCCUGGAGCUGAGGAGGCAGAGCAGCUGGACGCCCUCCUCGACAACGCCAGCAAGCCCGACGACACCGCAGGAUACGACCAGCUCGUGCUGCUGCCUGCCAUGAGCGACAUCUCGCAGGUCAUCCAGUCACGAUGUCUGUGGAAGCUGCAGGAGCGAGGAGUGGUGGCUGAAGUUCUCAAACGCACGGCCAAGGUGGAGGUGAGCUGGGAGGGAUGGUGGACUCAGAACGAGGACUCGAGACGCCACUGGCAGCACUGGUGGCGGCAACUGCAGGAGGUGGCAGAGAUGCAGGAGGACGAGGCUCCCGAGAAUGUGAAGGAUGCGGCCUGCGACGGGGAGGGGGUGCAGAAGAAAGUUGAGCCUGUGAAGCCACGCGCUCGUGCAAUCUGCUCCGUGAAUGAGCCCUGGCUGAUCCUCGAGGUGAACGCCGAGCUAGAGCAGCUGAUCGGCUUCAAGAGCGAGGAGGUUCGAGGGCGAAGCAUCUCCAUGUUCCAACGGGCUCUUGACUGGCCGCCCCUCGUCGAGUGCAUGAGCAAGCUGAGCAGAGAAGAGGACAAGGAUGCGAGCUUGUCUUUGGAUGUUCACGCGCUAUGCAAAGACGGAACUUCGUUCACCAACAAGCUCCUCCUCCGCUCCAUCAUGGAUGGGAGGAAGCCAGUGCUGAUAGAGGCUGUUUUUGACCCGCGAAUCCGUCGGGUGUAG